UAUAUAUUUGAUGAAUAUAGUACGAUUUUCGCAUUAGGUUAGAUGUGAAUAUCUGUCAUAAUGCUAAUAUUGUGACAAUAUAUUUUUUAAAUAUUUAUAUGCAGAUAUGAUACGCGAAUAAACAUUUUUGUUAAAAAGUAUAUUGGACGUCAAGCAUUAUCACACUAUGCCGCAAAAAUUAAUGAACUUAAUGUUCGACGAUCAGAAAAAUACCAGGCAGAUGAUCCAUCAGCGUGGAAGGGAAAGUUCUCCGCAUUAUGUAUUUUUACAUUCGGAUGACGAGAAUAGUACAGAUGAGGAGAAUAUCUCUUUACAAAUUAUUAAAAAAUCCACAUCAUCACGUCGCAAAAUCCAGGUGAUCAAUGUACAAAUAAAACCUGAUGAUACCUUGCAGGCAUUGGCUCUUCGAUAUAGAUGUACAAUAUCUGAAUUGAAACAUAUUAAUAAAAUUGACAAAGAGAAUGAGAUAUAUGCAAAGCCUUAUAUUAAGGUUCCUGUACAACCAUUUUCUAUCUUAACUGAGACAUUGCCUGAAAACCAAGAUAAGAAUGUUAUUACAUCUACACAAAGCCAAGAAAAAUUCCCUGCAAGAAAGGAAGAACAGUUAAUAGACUUUGAUACUGUAUCGACCACAGAAUCCUCAAACAUGGAAAUUAAUGCUAUUAUAUUAAAUUCGGUAUGUGAACCUUUAUCAUCUUAUAAUAGUGCCAAUUCCUCUGAAAUUCCACAUACAGAACAUGAUCGAUUACUUAAUGAUACAGAAGAUACAGAAAUAACAGAAUCUUGUGAAACAGAUAUAUUUAAAUGUUCUGGAGACAAUUGGGGAUUAUCUUGGAUGCAACUUCUUAUAUUUUCAUUAUUGUUAAGUUUGCAGGACCUAUUAUAAUAUAUAUACUUUAUAUAGCCGAAUAUUCAACAACGAAAGGAAAUAUAACUAUAAGUAAUUGAUAUU